UACAAAGCUAGUUGGUUUCAGUAGUGUGUUGUUCCUCAUUGAUCAUCAUAUCUGGAAAGCAUGCAGACUACUAUGUCGGUGACUCGCCCAUGCGUGGGUCUGCGUCCCCUUCCUGUUCGUAACGUGCGAUCUCUGAUCCGAGCGCAAGCGGCUCCACAGCAAGUAUCGACAGCUGUCUCGACGAAUGGCAACGGCAACGGCGUUGCCGCGGCAUCGCUUUCGGUGCCCGCGCCAGUGGCAGCACCUGCACAAGCAGUGUCAACCCCAGUCCGCGCCGUGUCCGUGUUGACUCCUCCACAAGUCUAUGAGAAUGCAGCAAACGUUGGCGCGUAUAAGGCCUCUCUCGGUGUGUUGGCUACUUUCGUUCAGGGCAUUCAGGCUGGCGCUUACAUCGCUUUUGGCGCUUUCCUUGCCUGCUCCGUUGGCGGAAACAUUCCUGGCAUUACCGCAUCGAACCCUGGUCUCGCCAAGUUGCUCUUUGCCUUGGUCUUCCCGGUUGGUCUCUCCAUGGUCACAAACUGUGGUGCGGAGCUCUACACCGGCAACACCAUGAUGCUGACGUGUGCGAUCUUCGAGAAGAAAGCAACCUGGGCCCAGCUUGUUAAGAACUGGGUUGUUUCGUACGCAGGCAACUUUGUGGGCAGCAUUGCCAUGGUUGCCGCUGUGGUGGCUACCGGCCUCAUGGCGUCCAACCAGCUGCCCGUGAACAUGGCCACUGCCAAGUCAAGCCUGGGCUUCACUGAGGUCCUGUCACGCUCCAUCUUGUGCAACUGGCUGGUCUGCUGCGCGGUGUGGUCAGCGUCCGCGGCCACCUCCUUGCCGGGUCGUAUUCUGGGGCUCUGGCCGCCGAUCACUGCCUUCGUGGCCAUUGGAUUGGAGCACUCUGUCGCGAACAUGUUCGUGAUUCCUCUGGGCAUGAUGCUCGGCGCCGAUGUUACGUGGAGCCAGUUCUUCUUCAACAACUUGGUUCCCGUCACGCUGGGUAACACCAUUGCGGGCGUUGUCAUGAUGGCGGUGGCAUACUCGGUCAGCUACGGGUCCCUGGGCAAGACUCCCAAGCCCGCUACUGCGUAAUCUGUACAGAUGGAGAGUCUUGCAGCCCGCAACGCGGACUCCAUACGCGACUUGGGUGACUUGGCCGAACACCCGUGCAAAGUCUUGUACUUUUGUAGUUGCGUCGCGCACAUGGGUAAGGGGAAGUCGUUUUUUUGCUGUCGCACCGCACACCAGGCGACCUGUAGUUGAGGUACCGAAAUUUUGAUAAGUGCGCUUUUCCUCUUUGACCGUCUGCAAUUCAGAAGAGCUGUGCGCUGCGAGUAGGUAUGCUAGCACUUACCACGAAGAAUGGGAGGGAAAUUUUCAGGGAGUAGAGCACACGGUGUAUUUCGUGCUUUUUGUGUGUGAGGGCUGAAAUGUGUUGAUCAUCGAACUGUGUGUGUACGGGUAGUGGACUGUUUUCUGCGUGUAGCAGUACUUGUUGUUGUGUGAAGGUCUCGCUUCUGUUUGGCGCGCCAAAGCCCGCGCGCACAACGAUUAACUGGCAAUGGCAGGUAUGGGAAAUUGUUGUCGAGGCACGGAUGCCCCGGAUGCCCUUGCAGGGUGGGGAAACUUGUAUCAUCGAAGCAUGUGGGUUAGUGUCGUACUCAAGUUUUUGGGGAGCUUUAGACUCGUAUACUAGCUUUUUGAAAAGUAAUUUUCGGCCCCAAUUCGGUUUAAUGUGCGAUGUGCCGAAAGUGGGAAUUUCGAGGUGCAUGUGCGUGAUCGGUUGACAGUUGAUGGCCGUCGGUUGUGUCGGUUGAGAGAAGACAUCUCGCAGAUCGAUAAGCGAAUCCUGAAGGUUUUGGCGGAGGGAUAGUCUGUUAUCAUGUUCGGUUUUGUGCUCGAGGCCAGGGUUGUACGCUCAGGCAAAGUAGUUGAACUCUGAAAGAGAGGCGAGAGGUAUAUGGCGAAUAUAGCAUCCGUUGCGCUGCGAUGGUCAAUGUGACUGAUGGAAUUUUUUGGCACCCCUCAGCGUAUCACGCGCGAGCAUGCUGGCAGGAAGCAUGGCUUUGCUUGUAUGUAUGUAUGUAUGGCGCGUGGUUUCCUACCCUUUCCAUCGCUAAUCCUCUUGUUGUUUAAAGUCUCGCAAAUUCAUCACAUGUUGUGUAUUUUGUUUGGAUGGGUGCACGGCAAGUCGGCUCUCACCUGGCUCUUGCGAGGGUGCCAACAUGUAAGGAGGCAACCAUAUACCUUUUAACUGCGGGCUGUGUCAAAUGAUGUGUAGGGCAUAUUAAUGAUAGCAAAACCUCGAACUUGUCAUCAUAUAGCUUUAUGCACGGAAUGUAACUCUCAUCAAGG